AUGGUUUAUCUAAUAAUUGCCUCAGUAUUGCUUGAAUUCUUCACGCGAGGGAUUGUUGCGAAAUCGGAAUGCAUGCAGAUUACUGGAACAUUGGUUUGUCCUAACAGACCCAUACUUGCUGGAAAUCUGCAGAUUGACUUAAUUGAUGAAGACCCAUUACCUUGGGAAGUCGAUGAUCAAAUGGGUCGAACAUGGUCUCAGUCGAAUGGAUCGUUUCUACUUUCUGGAUGUGGUGCUGAUUUUGGGCCAUUUAAUUCACCUGAUCCAUACAUCGUUGUUGAACACAAAUGCCCCAGUAUAUUACAUUCUAGCAUUAAGUAUCAAAAUAGAACGAAAAUGCAGUUUGCAUUAACAAAGACUUUUCUACCGAAAGUUUUGAAUAUUGGUAAAGAAUUAAGGUAUUUGUUGUGA